CUUCCGAAGGAAGGAAGGGUUUCUUCCCUUCACAUUUGAUUUUCACUUUCCCCUCUCCUUUCCGCUUUCCUUCAAUUUUUCUCCCCUCUCUCCUUCUCCGGUUUCCCGGGCCUUCCUCUUUCGUCUCACCACCAACGCUACAAGCCUCGCUAGUCCGCCGCCGCCGCCGUCUCCUUGGCGCCCCGCACAAGCAAGGUCGAUCCCGCGGCGUGGCGCAUUGGCGGCAUGAUCAGGCGGAGGAGGGGCGGUCGUGGCCGUGGGCCGAGGAGGAACGCCGAGGACGAACGGCCGGGGAAGAACGCCGACGAUGACUGGCCGAGCCUCGUCGACAUGGUGCUGUCUUGGAGCCUCGAGGAUGUCAUGGACGAGGACGUCUUCAAGAACAAGCUGAAAAGGAUACCCUCCGUAUUUAAUAAUAUCAAGGGCUAUUUAGGAUCCUACACAUCUCCAUUGUUGGAGGAGCUGCGAGCUGAGAUGUUGUCCAGCUUGGAAUCCAUCUCCACCUUGUCUUUUGUCAAAGUAUCAUGGAUAGAGCAAAAGAAAUACAGUGAAUCUUAUGACAUUGCUUUUGAGGCCGAUUCUCAGAAUACGGAGUCUCGUAACAAACCCGAAAGUAAUCGUCGAAGUGUUGGCGAUAUCAUUAUCCUGUCUGAUGUGAAGCCAGAGAAUAUAUCUGAUAUUGCUCAGAAUGGGAGCCCGUACUGCAUUGCCUUCAUUACUGAUGGAGGGGAUGAAGAUGAUGACUCGCCUCCUGCCAUGUAUGUGAUAAAAGCUUCAGGCCAAAUUGAUGCUGCAGAUGAGAUCAGUCAAGAUGGGAAAAGGAGACCACUUUUUGCUGCUCAUUUACUGAAUAUCGUAACCUACAUCCGCAUAUGGCGCUGCCUUGACUACACAACACUCAGGAGAAACCAAAACCUCAUACAGGAGAUGGUACAUUAUCCACGGGUUGCAAAUAUUCCCCCAAAGCACGCAAAUGAUUUUGCUUCAGUUGACAGCAUGGAAAUAUGGAGUGAAUUGUCUACAAUGGAUCUUAACAACUCUCAGAAUGACGCCAUCCUGAACUGUAUUUCAGCAAUGCUCUGCAGCACCAGCAGCAGUUUUAGCCUUAUCUGGGGACCUCCUGGCACAGGAAAGACCAAAACAAUCAGUGUACUCUUGUGGUUAAUGAGAAAAACGAAACAUGGUAUACUUACAUGUGCACCAACAAACCUUGCUGUUAAGCAAAUUGCUUCUCGUUUCUUAAGGUUGAGCAAAGAGAAUUCUGUGGAUACAAGGUGCUUAGGAGAUGUUCUGUUGUUUGGCAAUAAACAACGCAUGUGUGUCGAUGAUGAUCUGAAAGAGAUAUACUUACAUGACCGCGUAAGGAAGCUUCUUGUUUGCUUUGCGCCAUUGACUGGAUGGAGAGCUUGCAUGUCUUCCCUAUACGGUUUUCUUGAGAAUGGUUACUCCCAGUACCUUCAAAGUUUUGCAGACCAAAGGGAAGAUGAGAACAUUUCCUUUUUGGGUUACACCAGGAAAAGAUUUACUGCUAUGUAUCCUGAGCUUCGAAGAUGUUUCAAACAGUUACUGUUUCAUGUUCCAAAAUCUUGUAUUUUGGAAGUGAACUAUAACAACAUCAUUUCACUUCUUAAACUGCUUGAAGAUUUCAAUACGCUCCAGAGAAAAAUUACCAGGGAUGAAAUGAAGAAUGUUUUCAUGUAUACUGAUGCUCCCAGGAAAUCCAGCAUGGCAAAGUUUUCCAAAGCAGUGAUAACUCUUGGCAAUACCAGAAUUAAAUGCCUUGAGCUGCUAAAUAUGCUAUUAACUUCCUUGAAACUUCCUAUAACAUCCUCCAAACGCACCAUCCGGGAAUUCUGUAUGGACAAUGCCAGCAUAAUUUUCUGCACUGUUUCUAGCUCUUCCAAAGUAGCAAGCAAUAAUAAACUAGAAUUGCUCGUUGUUGAUGAGGCUGCCCAGUUGAAAGAAUGUGAAACAUUAAUUCCUUUGCGUUUGCCUGCUCUGAAACACGCUAUCCUUAUUGGUGAUGAGUACCAACUACCAGCAACGGUCAAAAGUAAGGUUUGUGAGGAUGCAUUAUUUGGGAGAAGCCUCUUUGCGAGGUUGAGUUCACUGGGACAUGAAAAGCAUCUGCUUAAUGUGCAAUACAGAAUGCACCCAUCCAUUAGCAUUUUUCCAAACACCAGAUUUUAUGGAGGGAAACUCUUAGAUGCUCCUAGUGUCAUGCAAAAAGAGCACCACAAGAAGUAUCUUCCAGGUUCUAUGUUUGGUCCUUACUCUUUCUUCAAUAUUGAAGAUGGUUGGGAGGAUGUCGAUGAACUUAGUCAUAGCAGGAAGAACAUGGUUGAAGUUAUCGUUAUCCAGGAAAUAUUGCAAAAUCUCCAAAAAGCUUGUUCUAAGACCACGAAGGUCACAGUUGGUGUCAUAUGCCCGUACACAGCUCAAGUUCUAGCAGUCCAAGAAAACUUGAGGAAAAUGAAGUUUGGCUCCUUAUUAGUAAAAGUUAAUUCUGUUGAUGGCUUUCAAGGCGGAGAGGAAGACAUCAUCAUUUUAUCAACUGUCAGGUCCAAUUCUGAUGGGGUGGUAGGGUUUCUUUCAAAUCGACAACGUACAAAUGUAUCUUUGACAAGAGCGAGACAUUGCCUUUGGAUUUUGGGAAACGCGGCAACCUUAUCCAGAAGUGGUUCUAUCUGGGAAAAUCUAGUUCGCAAUGCAAAGGAACGACAGUGUUUCUUCAAUGCAAAAAGCGAUGGGGCUAUUUCUCGUGCAAUCGCUAAGUAUGGAAGUGAGCCCAAUUCAGCUAAAGACAGAAGGGAUACACCUUUCAAAGUUAUAGAUAACAUGGUCCAGGUCCAGGCACCAUCUCGGAAGGCGCGGAAACGUCGAAACCGUUCUUUGAAAUGUGCACCAUCUGGGAGUCAACCAAGUGGUAUCACUUCCGGUUCUGAUCUGCAUCGCCGAAAGGACAAAAGGGUUGUUGAAGACAUCACUGCCCCCUUCAGCAAUCUCAGACUCCGUUGAAGGUUCUUCACUCUUGAGAGCCAAGCUUUUUUUUGAGUUCAGAUCAUGAUCUAUUUCUGAAUGCCUACGUCUGCAAAACUGAUGGCAGAAUAGCUUCUGUAGAAGCUCAUUUGCCAAACCCUGCUGUGUUGGAAAUGGCCCAUAAGAAUUCUGUUUCGCUCAAUUCUGCAACUCUGUGUUGAGUGAAUGUUAGCCCUAGUUUGGGAGUGCUGUUCAGUUUGGAUGUGCUAACCUGUAGCCAAAAUGUUUUUAAACAUGAAGUUGUCGGUUGUGCUCUACACGACUGCACCUGACACCACAAUCGUAGUUUUAUGGUGCCUCGGAUAUUUGAAGCACUGCCAAUUACUAUUUCAUAAUCUUGCUUUGUUGGACGAAGAAGAAAUUGAUCGGCAAC